GGAUGGAAGACGUAAAUUGAAGAGAUGGCGGAGUCCAAAAAUGUGGUGUAUGCAAAGGAUCUCAAGAUCACUUGGUCAAGAGACCGUCGUUACUGGCGAUGGGUCAAAGAGACUGAAAACAGUUACGUUGCUGAACUGUUAAAUGUAUGUUGGCUAAAAGUGAGUGGAAAACUUGAGAACCCAAACCUGUCACCAGGAACUCAGUAUGAAGUUGUACUUGAGGCCAAGAUGAAAACUAGAGCUUAUGGAUUUGAUGAUCCAGUGAAUUUCAAAUUCACUCACCCAGGUCGUACAGAGGACUGGACCAUUAAUUUGGAGGAUAAGUUUAAGGAUAGCAAAGAUGAAUGGAAAGAUAUUAAGUUGGGUGAGUUUACUGCAUCUGAAAAUCCAGGAGCCAUCGAGUUUUUGCUAUAUAAAUACGGUGGGAAAUGGAAGAGCGGACUCGUUAUCAAGAGUGUUGCCGUUCGACCAAAGAGCUAAGUUGCAGAAUAUUAUUAAUUGGCAUAUGAGCCGACAGAUGAUGAUAUGCAUAUCUAAUAAAUGAUAAUUAAGAACAGAAUAAUGAAGCGCUUAAUCCCAAUCUCCCAAUCUAGUUGUUAUCAAGGAGAUUUUGAAUGAUAAUUUAAUUGUAUUAUUAUUAUGUACUAUAUAGUUUGAUUAAAUCACUCAAUCCCAAUGUCCAAAUGAUUUUGUUUA